AUGGUUUCCUGGAGUUCCCCAUCGGUGAUCCUGCGCGACGAUGAUGUGUACGGGAACUUGGUGUUCACUCUUUUUGGCCUCUACGUCUGGGAGGUAUUCCAGACGAGUGGCUUCGAAUGGUCGCUCAUUACCAGACAGAGAAAGUUCACAUGGCCGUUAGUGAUUGUCUUCUUCCUCUGCAGAUAUUGCUUGCUGUUUGCUCUUUGCGGAUUAAUUAUGUCUUUGUCAAUUCGACACCUGAUCAGUUGUCAGGCGCUGUACACGUUCAACUCGUGGUCAGGAAACAUGGCCAUUCUGUGUGCAUCGACAUCGCUGAUGCUUAGAACCAUUGCUCUGUGGGAACGCAAAAAGAAAAUUGUCCUGCCGCUCGGCAUCCUUUGCCUUGCGCAUUGGGCUCUUCUGUGGCGGGGGAUGUUUGUUCUCAAAGCAGAUUACGAUCCCACACAAGGCGCCUGCAUCCUGACAUGGUCAAACCAUGUCUUCCUGAAUGUAUCCUUCUUCAUGACAAUGGGCUUCGACCUGGCUAUUCUGCUAUUAACACUUGCUGCGCUAAUUCCGCAUAAAUCGCGCUCGGAUCUCUGGACACUACUCUUCAGAGAUGGCCUUGUGUACUUUGUUAUUGCGUUCUGCUUCAACGCCUUGCCUGCGAUACUUAACGUAAUGGACCUGAAUGGUGAGAGCUUCCCUCAUGACAGCUUCGUUCAUGUCAUUGACAGUUCAUUCUAUUCCAGUUUCAAUGAACGUGUACGUAUCCGCCACGAUCUGCAUUCUUGA